AUGCCAUUAAAACCAACUGGAUUUUCUCAAGUAUGGAAACUAUUUUCAGCGAAGGAAAAACGAAAUAUACUUGUGUACAUCAUUGGUAUUAUGCUGUACAAAUUCGGCUUGGAAGCUUUCAAUGGAGCGGUCGUUACACUAGCGACAAAUCGAUAUGAUCAAGAUGCUUAUGAAGCACAAACGCCAUCGCGAACGUUUGAACGAGUUGGUUUACUCUCAGGUCUUAAUCAAGCAUUUCAAUGUAUCGGCUCUAUUUUGAUAGCACCACUAAUUAAACGUUGGCCAAUACGUACCGUUCUCUCUAUAUCAAUCGUCGUUUUUGCUAUUUUUACAGCAAGUUUAAUGAUUGUCGAUGCUGCGACUGGCGGAUACAUAAAACCAGCAAAUUUUACACCAAAACAUGCGAAUGAUUUCAGUUACUAUGGCCAUUACAAUACAGAUUUGAUCAUUCCAAUUUAUUGUUUUACUGGCAUCGUUUAUGGAAUGGUUGAAUUGAUUCGACGAAUCAUUCCACGAGAUAUUGUUGGUGGUGAUGUAGAAAAAUUACAACGGAUGGAUUCAGUAGUUCAUAUUUUCUAUGAACUAUCUGGUACUGCUGGAGCUUUCGCAACUGCUCUUGGUCUGAUACCUCGACUAGGAAACAAUUAUGCCUUUAUCAUAACACCCAUUUGUUUUACGGCGUCUGGGAUCAUUUGGUUUUUCCUAAGUUCUCUGAAGACUUCUCAUCCUUCUGAAAAAGAAGAUUUAAAUAACGAUAAAUCAGGUUAUGUUAAAUCCAUCUUGGAUAAAUUUCUUCUGUUCGGAAAAUCAGUUUAUAUUGGAGGAAAAAUUAUUUUUACAAAACGGCGAUUCAUCUGGCUUUGGAGUGGUUACUCCGUAGCACUCUACUCGCAUCGUUAUCUUGAAAAUGGCAUAGCUCCACAAGUAGCAAAACGAUAUAUGGAAAAUUCUGCGUGGUCACAAAUCAUUGUAGGUGGUUCGAAUUUUGGUGAACUGAUCGGAGCUUUUACCGUUUUUAUUUUCGCCAAUACCGUCCGUACGCCAAUGCCUUGGCUUCGCUUAGAUGCAAUAUUGUUAAUGAUCGUUUGGUAUAUUCCUUUUUUCUAUCCUAAAAUAAAUGAAGUCAAAUACGCCUGGAUGAUGGCUGCCACAUUCAUUCCAAUCUCAUUCGGAUGGGCUGCUGGCGAUGUUUCUCUUGGUGCCUAUAUUCAAUCAUCAUUGACGAAUGUGGAAUCCAAUGACAAUCAUAUUUCCCCACUUGGUGCUGUCAUGGCAUUUCUCUAUUCGUCCUACAUCAUCCUAUAUGCUGUUGCUAAUCCAUUGCUUGGAAUCUACAUCGACAAUGUUUAUAAUGCUCAGAAAACGAUUAGGCCUGCUCUGAUCUAUACAGGUGGUGUUCAGUUUACUAUUGUAUCAAUUAUGGUUUUUGCCUCGACAUUUAUUCCAAGAGGUUCAAUCGCAUUCAAUCCAAAAAUGCUUAGUAAACAGCCAUCUGAUAAAGAGCAUAUAGCAGACGAAAAAAUGGAUGAUAUCAAUUCAGUAGAAAAGUCUUCACACGAACAUCUACCUGGGCACGACAUUUAUGACCUUGAUACUUACUUCUGA